ACUUCUUUGUCAUUCAUUCCGUUACCAUAAUUCUGUGGGAAUACGUUGUCUUUUGGCAUCUUCCCAACACCUAAACGCAGCUUGCUGUCCAAGCAGAAUGGAAGACUUUCACCUUUUCAUUCAUUGAAACAUACUGCAGUUGGUGUGUUUUAUAUGAUAUGGCAAAAAUCUCAGCAUUACCUUCUUGGAAGUUAUUUAUUUCUCAACUGAAGAAUUGCUCUACAGUUGCUGAAUCUUCUAGUGGACGUAGCAAAGUUUGGUUGAUUGAAUGUUGUGGACAGAGACAGCAGUUCACAGUUGUCUGGAUCCAAGGGAUUGCUACACAGUGCUCAAAUGAUGAUAACACUAUCUAUCUUGAUGAUGGUACAGGCCGUGCAACUGUUCGAUGUGGCACUCUCCCAAGUCAGUGUGAUAAACUUACCACUGGUCAGUAUGGAAUGGUGAUUGGAGAACUUCUGGAGACAGAUGAAUCUCCAACUAUUAGGGCCAUUAAGAUGCAAGAUCUUGGAACAGUACCAAGAGCAAGUGAUUUGUGGAAGCUGGAACUUAUUGAUAUGAAUUUGGCUUAUCUGAUGCACGAAGGUCAACAACAAUUGCUGUAAUACCACUUUGUGUUAGUUCAGAUGAAUUAGUGAACUAAUCACUCUUGAUGCUGGCUGCUGUUUUGAAUGUACCAGAUAUAAAUUUACCAAUAUUUUUCAUUGAAUCUUCAAAUGGAUGCUGCUACUAUUUCAAUUGUUGUGUAUUGUAUUCUGCAUAUGACCUAGGGCCACAUAUGAAAUGUGAUGGCCUUCUAAUCAAGGACAUAAACCAGGAGCACUGAGCCCAGGCUUAUUGUGUUCAAACCAUUCCUUCAGUACUGUAAUUUACUUCCAGACAUGACAUCAUUAUAUUUAGUAGAUUCAGUUUGAAUUAACUACCUCAUUCAUUCAACCGAGUGGCUUCUUGUUGUUAGAUUAAGGUAAUAGACCAUAUAUGGUUACAGGGCCAAUAGUAACACAGUCAUUGUGCUGGACCCUAAGUAAGUCAUUUAACUUUUUUUUUUUCCUGGCUGUGCAAAAACAAAAAAAAUAAAAACUGCACUGAUCCUACAUUAUGGUUGAACUAGCGGUUAAUAUUAAGAAUGGUGUCCUUGAUACUAUAGUGAAAUGUUGAUUAAACGAUAUCAUGAACAUGAAAGAAAGAGGGGUCACCAUCUUGUAUGUAAUAACAAGAAAAUAGGAAUUCACGAGUCGUUUGUAAUAAAUCAUAACCUAUUUAUCACUGGAGGUAUGUGUUAACAUACAAGGUUAAUUGAAGGAACAUUACAUUAACAUAUUCUUUUUGCAAUCAUGUCUCCAAGUAAGUGAGGCGAAUGUACGCGUAAGUGGGUGCAUAUGUAGUGGCCUGAUUCAAUGCCGAUCUUAGACUAGACAGACACUGAGUGGCACAAAUUUAGAAAUUUGUUCCUUUAUAUAAGGGAUGAACCGGAAGUCCCCGACUUCCAUGUCAACUGGAAGCUUCUAGAAUGUUUGAGAACUUUCUAGAAGGUUAAGGGAGAUUACUCUCAUUAAAUCCCUUUUCCAUUUUGCUUUCAUGCAUGACCGCCAGCAUUCACUACGUAACUCCCUCCUCAGAUGAGCAGUCAAUAAACAAAACCAUUGCAGUGAUCUAGGGCAGGUACGAAGCAAAACGAGGUAGCAGAAACAUGAUGCUUGUAUUGAUUUUUUUUGUAUUUUACUACUUGUUUUGCAAGCAUGUGAUAGAUACUGAAUAUAAUUGCAGAGUUUCGUGCAAUAAACCUUUAGCUACACAGCUAUGCACAUCAAACUAAAUGCAAAAAACAUGGCAAAGUGAAAAUACAUUGUGAAAUAUGCACAGGAAAAAUGUUUGUGAAUAACAUUGUUUGUAAAAGAAAUAAAACAGUUUUCUAACACAAAGUUAAA